AUCCGGCGCUGUGAACGAAGGCGCAGACGUAACGUUGGGCGUUGGCGUCGCGAUGUCCGCCCCACUCGAAGCGCUAGAAACAAAUCUAGAAAUGUUUAUAGAGAAUGUUCGGCAGUUAGGGAUAAUUGUUAGCGACUUUCAGCCUCAGGGUCAGACCACGCUAAACCAGAAAAUAAAUCACAUCGUCACUUUGAUGCAAGAGGUGGACAGAUGCAAGUCACAAGUCCAGAACAUACAAGUGCCACUGGAAGUGUUCGACUACAUUGACCAAGGAAGGAAUCCGCAGCUGUUUACGAAGGACUGCAUGGAAAAGGCGCUGACGAAGAAUGAGCAAGUCAAAGGCAAGAUCGAAUCCUACCGCAGGUUCAAGGCACUGCUGCUUCUGGAGCUAAGCAAGGCAUUCCCGACCGAAAUGGCCAAAUACAGGGCUAUCAGAGGCGACGAGCGACCAACAACAUAAAAGCCUUUUGCAAGAAUCUCUGUGAACUGUAAAUGCAUAUGAAUUAAACCACUUGAGUCUUGAAAAGCU